AUGUUGCGGCGGCGCGAGCGCACGGCGCACUGGAGGAGACCUUCAGUGGCCCCAAACAUUCCCCAGCGGGGCCCUCAGCGGUCCCCAACAGCACCCAGCCUUCCUCCACGGCCCACAACGCUCCCCAAGCGGCGGCUGGCGGAGAGGACGGAGAGAGGCCGGCUGAGCGCGUGGCGCCUGCGCGCCAGAGCCCUUAACGCCGAGGAGGCUUUGUGCCCUCCCUUCCUGCAGUCGCCGCGCAUCCCCAGGAAAAGUAGUAUUUUACCUUUGAGUAACUGUCCCCAGCUGCAGUGCUGCAGGCACAUUGUUCCAGGGCCUCUGUGGUGCUCCGAUGCCCCUCACCCACUGUCGAAGAUCCCCGGUGGGCGAGGGGGUAGCAGGGAUCCUUCUCUUUCAGCUCUGAUAUAUAAGGAUGAGAAGAUCACUGUUAACCAAGAUGUCCCAGUGCACGAAGGGAAGCCUCAUAUUGUCCACUUCCAGUACAAGGUCACAGAGGUGAAGACCUCUUCCUGGGAUGCAGUGCUCUCUAAUCAGAGCCUCUUUGUGGAAAUCCCUGAUGGGUUAUUAGCUGAUGGAAGCAAAGAAGGGUUAUCAGCACUGCUGGAGUUUGCUGAAGAAAAAAUGAAAGUAAACUAUGUCUUUAUUUGCUUCAGAAAAAGCAGAGAAGACAGAGCUCCACUCCUGAAGACAUUCAGCUUCUUGGGCUUUGAGAUCGUGAGGCCUGGCCACCCCUCUGUCCCGUUGCAGCCAGAUGUGAUGUUCAUGGUGUACCCCCUGGAUCAGAACUCUUCCUCUGAUGAAGAAUAGCUGCAGCAGGGGACUCCACUGUGACCUGAAAUGCUGUUGAGGGGAGAGAGGGUUACAUCUCCUUUCUUGAGGAAAGGGAAAACAAGCUUCUGUUGGACUGAAACUGCAUUGCUCAUUGUUAGAUUGGCCCGUGUAUCUUCAGAGUUGACUAUCUCAUUGAAAUGUGUUGCCUAGAGAACUAUAUAUCCACACAUGUAAUCACCAAAUAGUAAAGGAAAGAUGUUUAUGAACUGGCAUAGGAGCUCUUUACAUGCAGCUGUGUGGUGCGUUAGCCUAAGGGUGCCCCCUGCCCAGGCCCUGCAGUGGGGAGCACAGCUGUAGAUGCAGCAUCAACUCCUUGAGUUCCCUUCCCCAUCGCCCCGUGUGCACUCGUCUGACCGACUGCCUGUUUAUUUUUCACUCAGACUCUUAAGUAGGAGGCGUGUUUGGGGCAUGAGGAGAUGUGCUUGAGUUUAACACUACAUUAAAACCCCCCUACAUCUCCCCUUUGGGGCAACUGAUGCUGGUUUAACUGGUCUAACUUUUUUUUUUUUUUUAAACUACUUGCUCUUCUGGCUUUUGUUUUAAGCAGUCUUAACUCUGUUCAAUGUUACUACUGCACUAUUUCGGCGUUCAAUAAAAGGGGCAUUCAGAUGAACUUCGCACAGCUGGGGCUGCUUAUUUGCAAGGCAGAGAGCCUCCUGUGGGCCUCCCCUAGGGCUGCCCUGGUUUCGGAGGGUCAAGUGAGCGUUGAGAGUGAUGCCUCUGCCCCAGGGAAUGCUUCCCUGCCUGCCUCCAGUCCAAGGAGAACCUACAGCCUGUGCCUUGAUCCACGGAUGGGUAGGGAGCAGGCCCGUGGCUGUCACCUCGGUUCUUCUUCCUGUCACCUUUCCAAAGAGAUGAUCUUCAGACUUGAGAUGCCCCAGCUCACGGCUGUGUCCAAACCAAAGGGGUUUGCCUGGAGGAGCAGGCAUGGCUGGUGGCUCUGCUGGGUGCUGUGGAGUGCUCUCCCCAUCUAGGGGCUUUCCUGGGAUGGAGGGAUGGGGCUGUGGUGCUGGCGGUAGCUUCUGUCUCAUCCCUACCCCUUCUAAUGCUGGAGAAUGAGGUUGCGCUCCUAUCUUCGUGCUGUUUGGAUGUAAGCUGGUGGCUUUGUGAAGGCUGCACGAGAAGGGGGUAUUCAUAACCCGUGCCCCGAGCCGUGCCCUCAGCUCUCCUCUAGGCCUGGCUGCUUGCCUGUGGAAUUGUCCUUGUGUGCUUUGUUGUGCUCUCGCCCUUCUGUGGAGGAUUUUGUUAAAAGCUGAAGCCGAGCCAUUCCAUAAACAUCAUGGUCAGUGUUUUUCUGUUUGGGGGAGAGAGGUGGGGCUGGGAUACAAGUUUGUGUGAAUAAAUCAUCUUAAAGUUUGUGUCU